UAGCAAUAAAAAAAGUUAAAAGAUGUGUGCAGUCGUCGCUAUUCGCGCAAUAAAAUUAAUUUACAAAUAAUGAGCAAUAGCAACCUUGAUUCCUUCGUAAUAUAAGUUAAAUUCUUAUUUUUUUUUCGUUACGUUUUACGUUUAUUGGUUUCUUUUGGUUUAUGAAUUUUUUUUUUUAAAUCUUUGAUUUUGUACGUCGUCCUCGAACCAGAGAAACGUCGCGAAAAAGAAUUUACGGCAAAGAAAAAAAAUUAUUUGUUGAUGCAAAUGGCCUAAAAAAGAGUUAGAUUAUUUUGUUUAGCGUACUUAAUUAGCACAAUUUUUUUUAUUAAUUUCAUUUCGGUGGUUAGUAAUGAAAAGUGCGCCGAAGUAUUUCAAUUCGAGUUUGAAACGUGUGUGCAAAUUUUUGUAGUGAGCUUCCUUGAUUUUUUUUUGUAUUCUUCGUUAUUUGUGUGUAAUAAUAAUAAAAUAAGUGGUUAUAUGAUCCGAAACGGCUGGUUGAUUAAUUAGCUGAAAAUAUCUAAAUUUAGUGCAAAUUUGUCUAUUUUUGGUGUUUGAGAGUAAACCAAUUAGACGAGAAAAAGAGGAAAUAUAAUAAUGCCUUGUCCUUUACUACAACAAAGUGCACUAUUUUGUUGCAUAUGUGUGUUUGCAACGGUGAUAGUAGUUUUAACGCACGGAACACAAGGACAUGACAGUAUCCAAAGACCAUCAAUCCAACCACAUCAUCAACAGCAGCAGCAGCAGCAACAACAACAAAAUCUCCACCAACAACAUGCGAACUCUGCACAUCAGUCACAUGCAUCGCAUAACAAUCAUCAUCACGGAGGCAGCGGUGGACACAAUGUUGAAUCUCGUAGUUCAUAUGCAAUGCUGAGUCAGGCAAUGUCACAGGCCGUUAGCCAUGAAUUUAGUGGUACCGGCAGUGGAUCUUCAGCUGACGGUGCGUGUGUUGCCGACGAUAUUGAAUGCUUAGAAAAUGUUCACGAUCGGCUCGGAAUGGAGGCUAUUAAAUCUCUUCAUCAACAACUGGACGAUGAUGACAAUGGUAAUAUUGAUCUGACAGAAUCUGAUGAUUUUUUACGCGAAGAGCUCAAAUACGAUUCCGGCUACGAAAAAAGACAUAAAACUUUUCACUACAAUGAUGAUACACAAAUUUCGGUAAAAGAGCUAUGGGAAGCCUGGCUAAGAUCUGAGGUUCACAAUUGGACCGUUGAACAAACGACGGAUUGGCUGUCGCAAAGUGUACAACUUCCACAGUAUGUUGAGCUAUUUCAGAAACAUAAAGUGUCGGGUGAAACAUUACCCAGACUUGCAGUUCAUAAUAUGCACUAUGUGAGUACUGUAUUGGGUAUACGCGAUCCUAUACAUAAACAGAAAAUAGCACUGAAGGCAAUGGAUGUCGUUCUUUUUGGACCACCAAGAGAAACGGGUACGAGAUGGAAAGAUUACUUUUUGGUAACGUUACUGCUAAGUGCUAUCAUCGGUUGUUGGUAUGCCUAUCAACAGAACAAGAAUGCAAAACGGCAUCUUCGUCGCAUGGUAAAAGAUAUGGAGGGACUGCAGCGAGCUGAGAAUGCUUUGACGGAAAUGCAAAAGGAACUUGAAUUGGCUCGCUUGGAACAGGAGAAUGUAGCGACCGAAAAGCUAGACUUAGAACGACGGCUCAAAGAAGCACCGUCUCUGUCAUCAUCCAAUUCCGAUCUGGAAUUGCAACAAUUAAAGCAAGAGAUCGAAAUGCUGCGUGCCGAACUGUCACGAGCCGAAGUCGAAUUGGUGGACCAUUGCUGGACACCACCGCCAGCGCUGCAGUCGUGGCUGCAGCUAACUUAUGAACUCGAAAGCAAGCAUACGCUUAAAAAACGUGUCAUGGCCGAAAAGCAGCUUCAAUUGGCGCGGGAAGCAUGUGAAAAGCUGAAACGGAAACGGUCCAGUUUAGUGGGAGCCUUCGUAUCGACACAUGGCAAGAGUAUCGACGAUGUCGAUCGCAGUAUUGUGGAAGCGAGGAAUGCACUUAGCGAAGUAACGGCUGAGUUGCAGGAACGAUUGCAGCGGUGGAAACAAAUUGAGUCACUGUUAGGAUUUAACAUUGUAAAUAAUAAUGGCUUAGCAUAUCUGGAGAAUGUACUGUACAAUAGAAAUGGAUCGGCGAAAUCAUCGAGAAAUCGAAUGUCCGGCAGCCAAGACGAACUUGAUGAUGAGUCUGUUCAAGGUGGCCGUGUGUAUCGAGACGAUUCGUCCGGCAGUGAUGAUGGUGAAGUUGUUACAUUUAUUGUUGGUAGCGAACCGUCAUCGUUACGUUUGUCAAGCGUUCCCAUAUCCACUACCGCAUCAUCACCAAUGUGUUAUCCUGCUUCACAUUCGUCCUUAACUAGUUUAGCUGCACAGAAUUCCAGUCAUCCGAUGAGUACCUCCAUCAUCGAGAGUUCGCCCAGUGUACAAGACGACAAUAUCCGUGCAAGUCCUUUAACAAUGAAUCAGGAUAAGGUAGUUAUGCCCUUGCCUCGUACCAAAAAAUCGCCAGCUACUUCUCAAACAUCGCUAGUGAAAAGCGUUCCCCCUCCUAUGCCACCGCCGAGACGUGUUAAUUCUCAUUUAAGUUUCACCUUUAACAGCCUUAACCGGGCUCAAAGCUCAGACGUGGAGCCCCUGGAGUCCACUGCAUCAUCCAUUGUAUCAUCAACGACGUCGGCACACGGUGAUACCCAACCAGAAGACACCUAUUCGACCGAUUCGUCGAGCUUCGAUGGUGAAUUCAAAAAAAGACGUCGAAAGUUGCAUUUUCCAUUUGGUAAGAAAUCGCACAAAAACAAAAAUGCGUAAUUUGAGAGGAUCGUCGUUAAGUUUCGAUGAUACGGUUUCGGUGAAAAGCAAUCCAUUCUAGAACUGUUAUUUCGAUAAAUUUGUUUGUUAUUUUUUUCAUCUGUAGAACGAGGGAUACAUUGCAUAUAAUAUAAAAUUAAGGAAAAUUACAACAGAUUUACAGUUUUGAUGACGAAGUAAAUUUUUAUUUAAGAAAAUAAUUUAUGAUUGAGAUAUAAAUAAUGUUGGAAUAAAGGAAAAAUAUAAAUGAGUUUUAUGAUAUGAACUGUGAAAAUAACAACACAAAUAAUAAUGAUGUACAACACAUAGGAAAAUAAUAUUCUACACAGAGUCGUACGUAGAUUCACCACCAAACGUAUCAUUUCGAAAUCGGGUAACUUUCACUGAAGAGCAAUUUUACCGUUACCAUUUUAGCGGUAUUCGGUAAAAUGAAGUUGAUAAUCGCGGUCACAAAGUCACUACUUGACACCUCGUACGUAGCAGUUACGAGUUCGAAAACCUAGGUAGUUUUUCGUCCUAAUUCUAAAUCACUAAAAAAAUAGUUUCUAGGGCGUCAGAAUCCGGAGGGAGCUAUCCCAAUUUUAAUUUAAAUGGAAAAUGCAUUGGUGCCUACGAGAUGCAAUGAUGUCACAUAGAUUAAUCUCGCUCGCACCUUCAAAUUUGCCACUUCAAAUUUAACUUAACUUAAAAUUGUGAAAGCUUCGGAUCCUGACGUCCUAGAAACUAUUUUAAUAGUGAUUUAGAAUCAGGAUGAAAAACUGCCCAUAUUUCGAACUCGUAACUGCUACGUUCGAAGUAUACACCAUAUGUGACGUAAAUUAACAACUACACGAGUCCUUCUAUCUCUUAGUUUCCAAAAGAUGUCUUUUAUUUCCUUCAAUCUACAUUUUUAUCAUUUCUAUACAAAAUGUGUUUACCUUCAUUUUUUUGCUGUUGAACCGCUGGUCGAUUAAAUUGCUCUUCAGUCAAAGUGUAUAAAAUCCAAAAUAGUUGCUAGUGGGAGCUGAAAUGUUUCGUUACAAAUGGUUACAUCCUACUAGCAAACAAACGAGUACGGAACUUCUUUCGAAUUGUUUUUUUUUGACGAGUAGCAAACCGUCAAACCAAAAAUUCGAAAGCAGGCACGUAAUUAAAACUGUUUAUAAAUGCAGAAAGAAGUGAUGAUUUGACUACACCACAGAAAAGACACUUAAGUAAACUACUCGUUAAUGUUGGUCUGUCGGUGUUUCUUAAAACUUUUAAACAGAGCUCAGAUAGAAUAGGUUGACUAAAGUACACAUCCUAACAACAACACGUCUAAAAGCCAAAAUUUUCGUGUGAAUGUUGUUGAAGGCGAAGCCGUGCGAUCCUUACCCAUAAGAAAAAACUAAAAUUUUCACUUGUCUUCCGUCAUUUUUUAGGCAUUUCACUUUCUUUCACUUUAUUAUAGAAACAAAACGUUCGAUUUUCUACGUCUAGGGUUGCAUUUAGUUUCCCAGCCCGAAAGGCCGAAUAUGGAAACAACGCGACAAAGGGUAGUUCUUCAUCAUAUAAAGGAGCAAGGUUUUCCAUGCGACUAAGACGAAGUUUACAUGUGCUUUUCAUUUUUCAAUUCUUUCGACAUUCGUAAUUCUUUACAUAAAACUUUGGAUUAAAUGGAAAGUCAAUUUCUCGUGUGUUAAUUCAUCGUUUGCGUAGCAUAUGAAUCUAUGAAAUUCACACAAAAAAUGGACUUUUCUAUUUUCCAAUCUGACAUCCCACCCCACUACUUUAGCGAUCUAUUUAUCUUUUUAAAACUUUGCCGCAACUUGUCCAACUUGUAACGAGUGUUUAUCUUUUGAAAGACAAAACGUUUUACUAACUAAAUUUCUGCUACACUUAUAGAAUGUAAUUGUAAUGGCACUGAUGGAAAAUAAUUCAAUAUUUAACCAUAAAAAAUAUCGUAGAAACACAAACUGAAAACUGUGUCAAAGCCAAUAUUUUUCAGAGAUAAACAAAUUAACACUUUUUGUAGUGAAAUGCAAACGAGUAUAAUAACCGUAGUAAAUUCAAGUAUUGUGUAAAUAAAAUGAAAUAGAAAUAUAAAACGAGAGUGUAUAUAUAUACGACGCACAAGUUAAAUAAGAUUGUUACAAGCAUAUUGAAAAUGUCGAUUUUGUGAUAGAAAAAUUAAAAAUGCGUCCCUACGCCCAAACCUCAAUUCAUUCCCCAAUUAAGUGAAACAAAAAGAAG